UGCCCGGUGUGCGUGUGGCGGCAGCACAGCCGCGAGCUGCGCCUGGAGAGCAUCAAGUCGCAGAUCCUGAGCAAACUGCGGCUCAAGGAGGCGCCCAACAUCAGCCGCGAGGUGGUGAAGCAGCUGCUGCCCAAGGCGCCGCCGCUGCAGCAGAUCCUGGACCUGCACGACUUCCAGGGCGACGCGCUGCAGCCCGAGGACUUCCUGGAGGAGGACGAGUACCACGCCACCACCGAGACCGUCAUUAGCAUGGCCCAAGAGACGGACCCCGCCGUGCAGACAGACGGCAGUCCUCUCUGCUGCCAUUUCCACUUCAGCCCCAAGGUGAUGUUCACAAAAGUACUGAAGGCCCAGUUGUGGGUGUACCUAAGGCCUGUGCCCCGCCCCGCCACCGUCUACCUGCAGAUCUUGCGACUGAAACCUCUGACUGGGGAAGGGACCGCGGGGGGCGGCGGGGGAGGCCGGCGGCACAUCCGGAUCCGCUCACUCAAGAUCGAGCUGCACUCUCGCUCAGGCCACUGGCAGAGCAUCGACUUCAAGCAGGUGCUACACAGCUGGUUCCGCCAGCCCCAGAGCAACUGGGGCAUCGAGAUCAACGCCUUCGAUCCCAGUGGAACAGACCUGGCUGUCACCUCCCUGGGGCCAGGCGCUGAGGGGCUGCAUCCUUUCAUGGAGCUGCGCGUGCUGGAGAACACAAAACGGUCCCGGCGGAACCUGGGCCUGGACUGCGAUGAGCACUCCAGCGAGUCCCGCUGCUGUCGCUAUCCCCUCACAGUGGACUUCGAGGCUUUCGGCUGGGACUGGAUCAUUGCACCCAAGCGCUACAAAGCCAACUACUGCUCGGGCCAGUGCGAGUACAUGUUCAUGCAAAAGUACCCCCACACUCACUUGGUGCAACAGGCCAAUCCACGAGGGUCUGCGGGGCCCUGCUGUACUCCCACCAAGAUGUCUCCGAUCAACAUGCUCUACUUCAAUGACAAGCAGCAGAUUAUCUACGGCAAGAUCCCUGGCAUGGUGGUGGAUCGCUGUGGCUGCUCAUAAGGUGGGGGACAGAGGAUGUUCCCCCACAGACCCCGCCCCUAGACCCCUAAUCCUGACCCCCAAGCCCUCAGGCCCUAAAGCUCCCUCCACCUCUUCCCAUGAACAUCACACCUUGUUCCCUGCCCAAGCAGUGUGCAAUAGGACCAAGGGAGGCAGGUGAUGGGUGAGGAGCUUGGAGGAAGGGGAAGCGGGGGCCUGGUCAAGAUAGGGGGUGUUUGCGGUUUGCAAGUAAGGUUUGGCAAGAAGACAGAGAGACAUAGAGGCAGAGGGACAGUGACGGAGAGACAGAGAGCAGCAGUGAGAAGGCAAACGGAUAGACAGAGACCGAGAUGGACUUAAAAUGAGAAAGCCCCCCACCAAGCCUCCUUUCUUCCACUGGCAAGGUGAGGGACUUGGUCUAGUUUGGGGAGAUCCCCUGACUACAUUCUCAGUAGGAGAGAAAAUAAACAAUCCACUCUUAGCUUCUUCCCUCUCUCCCUCCAACAGUGGUCAGGGCAAGAGAAGUGAGGGUGGGCGCAGACGUGAGGAUCUGGAGAUUUUAUUUAUUUAUUUAUUGUGACUUUUUUUCCCCUUUUCUUUUUUGGGUAUUUGGCUUUACUGAAAUAAGAGGGCACGUGCCCACUUGUGCCCUGUUUGUCCCUUAUUCCCCACAACCUGCUCUCUUCUAAUACCCACCCACUUAAGCACUUGUAUAAAGCCUCCAGGGUUGGGAAUGGGAGCAGAGGGCAAGAGGGCUGACACAUGGACAUUUCUAACCCAUAAUCACCCUACCCGAUCUUCCUGAGCCAAAGGGGUUGAACUGAAGCCAGCAGUCUUGGAAACAGUAAAAUGUUAUGGGUUAGGAGCGCAGGGGGGGCGCCCACACUAUAUAGGAUCAAUAUAACCAGAGUCACUAAACUAACCCUCAGGUUCGCCCUCAAAACUAAGUUACUUAGCCAGAGGGUACAGCCUAGUUAUGCCCAAAUCCUGCCCCCGCGCCCCAGCCAAGAGAGACCAAAGAGCCUGUGGAAUGACCCUACUCCCAGCUUCUAUCUUCAGGUCAAUAAGAAGGAAAGAGAGUGUAGAGAUGCCAGAGUUCCCCGGGUCUCGGAAGGGUUAGGAAGUGUCAAGGAAUUAGUGUGAAGGCUGAAAGUUAUAGGGCAUUUGACUCCAAAUCACUGCUCUGGGCUAGGGAAGAGAGCCGACGGACCAAGGGGGAGGGGGAGGGAUUACUGGAGAGGGGGGGUGGCAUUUAGUCCAACCCCAAAGCUCAGGGUGGAAGGAGAACAAGGAACCAGAAUGUCUAUAAUUAAUUUUAUCUUUUAUUUUUGGAAUCUAGCAGUACCUGACAGCAGGGCAGGGACCAUUAGAACAGAGGGUGGAAAGGAUGGGGACCUCCUGGCUCGGAGGGCUAGGAAGCAGGCAGAGACUGGGUGCCGUUCUAAGUUAUUAGCUGGGUCUAUUCAUUUCUCCCACAAUAAUCUCCUGACCCAUUCUCCCUGGACUCACUGUGCCUCAGUUUCUUCCCCUCGAUGGAAUGAGAAAUAGCAGCACCCACCACAGCAAAGAGAUGAAUUCUGAGCACUUACCACGGGCACUUUAUGGACAUAAAAUACCUCUCGCUGUGGGACAGAUAACCAGGGCACCUGAGUAGUGGUGAAGAGAUAUGAGGCUUAGAAGAGUCACAGGCUUCCUAGUACCAAUUCUCCACUGCCUCCCAGCUGGACAGUGCCUGAAGCCAAGGAGUUGAGCAAGGUCUCCUGAUCCACACCCUAUCCUUACCUCAGCACCAGAUUUCUCAGCUCUUUGCAAGAGGCUAGAGGAUGUCAGGAAAGGAGGGGGAAAGACCUUUCAGCAAAAUUGUUACUCACUCUAAGUAAAACCAGCCGUUGUGGGUCUGAGACAAACCAUGCUGAACUGAAGUAAAGCCCGAGUCACAGAGCUCACCUGGAAGGCUUGGUCUUCUGUCUGGCCAACAGGUGGAAGGGAAAAGGUAUGUGGCUACCCUUGGGACAGUGAUGUUGAGUUUUAGCAUCGUAUGUAUUUCCAUUCCCUUAGUGGAAUAAGGUGUUGAGGGAAGAGGAAAGGGCAGGGGCCGUUAAGCUUUUCAGCUUGCCUCCUCACAGUCAGCAGUGAUGCGAAACCCCAGCCUCUCCUCUGGCUGUUCUUCACCCGUUUCUGCCCCCCCCGUUUGGAGGACAAGACACACCAUUCCCAUUUCCUCGGUGGGAGGAGAGGAACACUGAACUCAAGAACGUGAUGCCUCCACACGGUCAUGUGCCCAUGUCUCUUGAUCUUGGCACCGGGUGGGGGGCUGGGCAAUAGUCAUCAGGUGAUCUCUCUCUACAGAGUCUAGAACUAGGGCGAUUAAAUGUAGGGGACACUUAGACUAUGUCCCUUCAGUGCCACCAAAUAAAAGACCUUUGGGGGAGGGUCUUUCUCUUGUGAACCUAUUGAGUUGAAGUCAGCCCCGUUCCUUUAUAUCCCCAAAGAGGCAUGGGGCACAGCCGUGACCCAGCGGGAACUAGCACCCCCUCCCACUUUAUGAUGUGUGUGGACUUGGGCAGUGCCCCUCCGAACAUACCAUCAUUAGUGUAAUUAUUAUUUGUGUACUUGUCACACUGUGUGUGUGACUGCCUUUGUUUGUUAAGGGUGUCUGAGGAGUCUGGGGCUGACAGGGGCGCUGGAAUGCCGGGAAAUGACUUCUUCACUGAGAUGGGGGCUUCCUGGAGGGAGCCAUUGCAAACGGGCCAUCGGGCGGUUUUCAAGUUAUGUGACAGAGGGCAAAGAUGGCCACAGGGUGCUCUGUGUUUGGGGAUGGUCACAUGACACAAUCCAGCACUUGAACCUGAAAAAAAUGAAAAAUAAAAGCAGUCAAAGAGUUUAGAA